AUGCGUGGAAGAAGUCCAACCAGAUCCUCAAUUCCAGCAGCACGUAUGGAAUCAGCAAGACGGUUCCGAGAGCGAUUCCUGCAGAUGUGGCAAGGCAUGGCAGAAGUACAUCGAGCAAUAGAGGACUCCAUCCCAGCCAAACAAGAACAGCAGACAGCACCCACGUACGCCACGCUUGAGGAUCCGCACGACGCGACUGCAGAAAUGGACCUCGCCGGUGUUGCAAAAGACAUCUCACACGAAAUGGAGGAUGAGCUGUACCGAUUGACACCAGAUCUGAAUCAGGUCGCGGUAGUGAAAAGACCACCUUUCGAGGUGAAUCGCUUGUCCACAAACCAGAGUCCGGAUGAGGAGCCAUGGCAGCUGGCAGGAAGUGCUGCUGGCCAUGCCGAACCCGAGCCAAAUGAGGACUGGAGAACCUUCCCACCGGUGCUGCAACAAGAGACCGAAGAAAGCCACCACCCAACAUUCCACAGCACCGGAACCCAAACCCAAGAUUUCCCCGCAGAAGAGAAAACCGAGCCAAAGCGCUCCCCAAGCGUCAUCAAAGAAGAGGAACAAAACUCUCCAGACGACCGCGACGCGCAAUACUCCAACCUCCUCACCCACCACCACCUCCCCCCACCCGUCCUCAUCAGCUCCCAAAACAUAACCCGCGACCCCCGCCGCCUCCUCUUCAUCCUCGAACUCUCCGAAGAAGAACUGCUCAAGCGCAGAAGCAUCUACGGCUGUACCCAGCUCUCCUCCAGCUGCACACGAGCAUGGGGCGAUCAAAUCUCCGUCUGCAGCACACAACACAACGACUGGACCUACUCCAUCCUCUUCGAAACCGCCCGCAAAGCCAACGAGUCCGAAGGAAUGCAAGUAAUGCUCUUCGGCUGCCUUGUGCAAGCCGAACGACCACCUCCGCACUCUCCGUGCAGUUUCUUCUGGAGCGACGACCACGAUCGCGUGGACGACAGAGAUAUGGUCACUGCCAUGCAACACAAUCUUCCCGAAUUUGCACACGGGCCGCGGAAGUUGUAUAGACAAGGAAUGGGGAAGAGAAAAGAGUUUGUGAUUUCGUUUGAAAUGUGUCCGCAGCUGCUCCGAAUCGGGGUGCCACUGCUGCUUCGAAAUGGUGAGAUCAUUUGGGCGUGGUUCAAGGCGCGGUCGCCUUACGAAGAUUGUCACGUCUGUGGUAAGCGGCAUGCGGCAAGAUGCUGGAGUCGUGCGGAGCGUUUGAUAUGA